AUGAAUUCGACACUCGUCUUCCUUUUGUGCACACUUGCCGCCGCCGUUCUCGCUCAACAGCUAACAGACGAAGAUCCAUCAGCUGAGAAACGAAUGCGCUCAUUCGCUUUCGCCAAGAGAAGUCCGAUGAGAUUUGCAUUCGCAAAGCGAUCCCCAGUUGAUGAGGAUGAUGAGGAGAUCGACGAGGAAAAGAGGGCACUUCGAGGUUUCGCAAAAAGAUGGCCAGCCCGUCAAUUCGCUUUCGCCAAGCGAGCCUACAAUCGAUUUGCUUUCGCUAAACGAGGCGGAUUCAACCGAUUCGCCUUCGCU